AUGACAGUUAAUAAUCUGGAGCUGAGGAGCGCUGGAGAUGACUGUGAUUUGGUCGAGCUGGUAGGAUUGACAGAUAACAUGGUGGAUGAGAUUGAUGAUGUUCCCACUGCACGUGGCGGGCCAACCACCAUACUCGCGGGAGGUAAGCCUUCCGUGACAGAACCCCCUCCCAAGGGAUGUGGCUCCCGACGCAUCCUUCCAAUAAAUGCGAACCUCCGGGCGCCAUGUACACGUAAACACGAACACAGCAUGGCCAUUCCUGAUGCCCACCUAGUAACAGGCGGGUCAGGUGCCGCCAGCAAGGGAGACCUCGCAGUGCCUAGACGUAUCCGUGGCCUCAAUAGACACGCUGGGGCGCAUGUCCACCCCGGUUCUAGACGUGUUACCCUCAAUGGCAGUCCUUGUCUCGUCUGCUGCUCUAGGAGCAUACCAGAGGUGAAUUGCCUCCAGGGCUUUGGGCAGACACCUCCAAUCUCGCUGAUUCAACAGGUUCAGGGUCCCCCCACCAAGAAAUUCCUGGAGCUGUUCCCCUCAGGACACAGACAGCGGUCACGGUACUCUCCCCAAUGUCCUGGGAUCCAGGCAGCAGUGCGGGGGCUGGCUAAGCACCUCCCACUAGGAAGGCCGUUUUUUGAUGCAUGGGCUCGUGUCCUCUGGUCUCAAAAGCAAACAGAUGAGCUCUUUACAAGACUUAAUUUAAAAGUCAAUAAGAGACUGAAGCCAGCAGACAUUCUUCAAAUAUCAUCUCAGUCAUUAUACUGCCAAGAACCUGUUGCUGAGAAAGAACUGGUUCAGAGGUUCUUACAAAAACUUAUGAUGGGGAAUAACAGAGCAAGAUACAUUUCAGUUAAAGAAACAGUGAGUGAGAUGAAUCACAUCCAAUCAGGUACAGCAACUGGAGAGGAGAGUGACACGUUUGCAGACUUUUUUCACAUAAGACCAGUUUCAAUUGAUGAAACAACACAUAAACAUCCUCUUCACCCCAUGGAUGUCCAGAUUGCAGUGUUCCACUGCUCAGACCAUUUCCUAAAGCAGCUCCUAGUGACUAAAUUGUCCCAGUGUCAGUACGCACUGCCUUUGCUGGUGCCUGAUCCCUUCACAAGACACAUUGAGUUUCCUCUGUGGACAUUUAGACAAAUCAAGAAGACCUGGAAGACCACCGAAAUAUCUGGUAAAGAGACCACUUUUACUAAUCCAAUUUAUGAUGCUAAAACUCCAAUGGUGGCGUUCUUUAGGUUUGGCUCUGUAUUGUCAUCCAAGUCUCAGCUGAUGAACAUCCUGAUCAAUGAAAAACAUGACACAUUCUUCCACAGACACUGCCCAGGUAGCAGCAGAAACCGUCUACUGAUGGAUGGAGUGGUGGAGAUUGCCUGGUAUCUCCCAUCUGAGAAGAGCACUGAUUAUUUCCCUGACUGUGUAGCAUUCUGUAAUCUCCAUGGUGAUGCAGAAACUAAUAAGGAACAACUAGAGAUUCUUACUAAAAUGUCCUCUGUGAAUGUUGUACUUCUAGGUGAUCAACAGCACAUUAGUAGAAAUGAAGAAAUACUGCAAAGGCUUUUUAAUGGGCCAAAGCCACUCAUUUGUUUACUGCCUGAGAAUAGUUCAAAUGUCACUGGGACAAAGAGCCUGAAAUUCAAAAUUGGUCUUAAAGACAGAGGUCAGGGAACUGUAUCUAAGGAGCUCAGAAAGAGCAUUAACACAUGUUUAUCAAAAUCAGUCUCCACUUUCAGGAUUGAGGAUGUGGGUAAAAACAGUGGAAUCAUAACAGAUGAGAAUAGUCAUGAGUGUCAAAAAGGGAAAGAUGCUGCUCUUCAGAUCACAUGGCUGCUGAAUGGAAAGGACAUGUCAAGCAUUAAGGAGAUGUAUCUGCCUUGUCAAGGGGAACUGUGGCAUAUGUGGUGCCAAAUGAACAAAAAGAAAUAUAAACUUUGCUGUAGUGAUACAGAGAAGCAAAUUAGUAAAAUACAGAAGGAAAUGAAUCAGAUUCGUGUACAACAGCAUGAACAUGGGGUCACACCACUUGUGCAGCUGUUCAUUCAAUCUAUGAAUUCACAUUUUCCACUAUCAAAUGAAAAGUGCUAUUUUCUUAAUUGGAUUAAAACCCUGCUUGACAAGUACUCAACAGAGGGUCUCUCUGCUCUUUAUCAAGAAUUUGAUGAAAAGUGGUCAAAACAUUUAAGAAUGAAAAAGCAACAUGUUGAAUCAGAACAGAUAAAACAUGAACAGGAACAACUUGAAAUAAUAUCUGAAAAAGUAAAGGCAACAAAUUUUGGUCUGGAACACAUCCUCAGAGAAAUGGGGCAGAUAUAUGAGUCAUCUGUAUCUUUCCAAAUGGGCCAGAAAGAAGAUAAAGAGUCAAAAUUAUUUCUCCCCAAACUUGCAGCACAGCUCAUGAUGUCUGGACACAUGAUGGAGCUGAUGGAUGGUGAUGCUGCUCAUGUUCCAGUAGUCUGGGUUUCAGCAGUUCUUGAUGAACUCAUCAAGAUCCUGGGAGACCAAAGAGUCUUUGUGUUGUCAGUCUUGGGGAUCCAGAGUUCUGGGAAAUCCACCAUGCUGAAUGCUAUGUUUGGACUCCAGUUUGCAGUCAGUGCAGGCAGGUGUACCAGAGGAGCCUUUAUGCAGCUUGUCAAAGUGUCAGAAGAGAUGAAGUCAGAACUGAAUUUUGACUACAUUGUAGUUGUUGAUACUGAAGGUCUUCAAUCUCCUGAGUUGACCAGAAAAUCAAGCAGAUGUCAUGACAAUGAAUUGGCAACAUUUGCAGCAGUACUUGGAAAUAUGACUUUGAUCAACAUUUUUGGUGAAAGCCCUGCUGAAAUGCAGGACAUCCUUCAGAUUACUGUUCAUGUCUUCCUGAGAAUUAAGAUGCUCAGACUGAACCCUGGCUGUAUGUUUAUAUUUCAGAAUGUUCCAGAUGUCACAGCUAAGGAGAAAAACAUGGAAGGUAGGCAGCGUUUGAAAGAAAAACUAGACAAGAUGACAAAGCUAGCUGCCCAGGAGGAAGGCUGUGAUGCAGAGUGUUUCAGUGAUGUCAUUGAAUUUGAUGUAGAGGAGGAUGUGAGGUACAUUGCACAGCUCUGGGAAGGUAGCCCACCCAUGGCUCCACUAAACCCAUCAUACAGUGAAAACAUUGAGGAACUGAAGCAAACUAUAAUCUCCAAAGCUGGACAGAAAGGUGGUAUAAAGCUGUCUGAUUUCAAAACCCGAAUCAUAGCCCUGUGGGAAGCACUUCUGAGUGAGAACUUUGUUUACAGUUUUAGAAACACAAGAGAGAUUGCAGUGCACCGGAGGUUGGAGGAGGAGUAUCAGAAAUGGACCAAGAGUCUAAAGCAUGCCAUGUCAGAGAUACAAAACAAACUGAGCACUAAAAUCAACAACUGGCUACACAAAGUGGAGUACAAAGACCUUCAAGAGGAAAUGAAAGAACCUCUUGAAAGAGUGUAUAAAUCAUUGGAGCAUUACUUUGAAGAAAAUAGAGAGGAGAGAAGUAUCCUACAACAAUGGAGAGAGAAAUUUAAAGAAAAUAUUAAUGAUGUGUAUGAAAAUCUUCUUAAAUCAACAAAAACUGAGUUGGAUGAAGUCUUUGAGAAAUGA